AUGCACUUCCUAACCCCCAUCGCCCUCGCCCUCGGCGCCAUAACCACCGCCACCGCAAAAGACAUCAACUGCGGCGGCAGUUUCUACUGCACCCUCCCCCCCGCCCCCGGAAUCAGCAACGCCUUGAUCAAGGAAAUCCAGAACCACGUGGAGGGCCGCGAUGAUGGCGAGGAGUUCGGCGAGCACGAGUACAUCGACUGCGUGGAUAAGUUCUGUGCCUUUUUCGAGGAGAUCGGAGACGGCGAGAAGAAGACCAUGUUUGAUGCUAAGUGGGGGCUGCAGGCUUUGAUUGAUCAUGGCUGUAAUACUUGUGGUGGUGUGCCGAUUAACCCGGAUAGUCAUGAUGUUGGAGAGGGGAAGCUUAAGGUUGAUUAUGUUAGUGAUGCGCCGUGA